AUGAUGAUGGAAAAAGCACCAAUUCGGUCAAUCAUAGAAGUUUGGUUUUCUACCGUAUGGACGAUGGAAACUUUAAAACAUUUUGAGAAUGCCGUCAAGAAAAUCUUAAAAUUUGGAGAUGCGCCAAAUAACAGUCCACCCAAUCCCAUGAAAAAUGAACUUCAUCCAAAAGUUGGAUCAUUAAUAUUGCAUUGGAGUAAGUCUAUCAAAACACCGAAAUCUCAGCAAGAAGCGCACAAACUUUGGGAAAAAACCUUUACUUCAGAAGAUAAAAUAUUUUACGUUGUUGCUAAUCUUAUGGAACAAUUAGAUCGUAUACAAACUGCGCGUCAUGUCCUUACUGGCGAGUUCCCUCUCAUGGAUGAUCAACAACCAAAAAAUUUAAUUGCAAGUAUUACAAUGUUCAAUUGCAAUAAUGGAAUUUCACCACACUCAAUAAUAAUUUAUAAUUUCCUUGAAAAUUCUAUUACCAAAAUUUGUAAUUGGUUAUCAUCAUCAACGACGGAAGGAAAAGUAGAAAUUUAUUUACAUUAUCAAUCCGUUACCAAUGAAAAUUCAGCAUUAUUGUCUUCAAUUCGUCAAUUGGAUCCUUGGACGAUGUCUUGGAGUAAUAUUUGUGAUUAUUUUUAUCCCAACAAUUUUCACAAAUUACUUAAAGCAUGUUCGGGAAAUGAUACAAUUCAUGCGAUGACUUCAAUGAAUUGGAUAACAGAAGUAUAUGGUGCACAUAUUAAAGAAUAUAAUGGUAGUAUUCGUCGUAAGAUGUUGACCGAUGCUCAUGAAUUAUUAUCAAAGGUGGGAAAAAGUAUGGAUCCAUCUGG